GUCGGCAUUUUGGACUUCUUCCAUGAAGGAGUCCGGCUCCGAAAUGAAACCAAGUUCGGCUCGGCACCCACAAACAGACGGGCAAACGGAGAGAGCACAGCAGACUGCUCACAUGAUGCUUCGUACGCUCAUCAGUCCGGAUCAGAAGGAUUGGGUUGACCGCCUACCCGACAUCGAGUUCGCCUACAACACUUCGUUGCAUCCGGCGAUCGGCGUGACUCCAUUCGAGUUGCACCACGGUGGUCGGAAAGGCCGUAUCUUCGCUGAUCUUCUCCUCCCACGAACAACCGACAUAGACGCCGCUUGCUCUCCCACCUCCGUUCGAAAGUACAGGGAAUUGCUGACUCAAGCCUGUGCGAACAUGCACAAGGCUCAAGUCCGCAUGCAGCAGCAAGCCAACAGGCGUCACGUACCAUGCCCCAUCCAUGCCGGUGAUCUGGUUUGGGUCUCCGCGGAAGAGUUUGCGCUUGAACAGGAUGUUUCACGCAAGCUACUCCCCAAGUGGUUUGGACGAUGGACCGUCCUUUCAGCCGCAGGCGACAAGCCCGACGGCUCAUCCUUUAUGAUCGACAUCCCUCCGCAUCUGGCGGUCCAUCCAGUCUUUGACGCCUUGAAGCUGGCGACAUACACACCAGCCAAGGACAAUGACUUCCCGGACCGGCGAUCGCAGGACCCUCCCUCCAUGGAUGGUCAUCAGGAGAUCGAUCGCGUCGUCACACACCGCAAGUACGACAACAAGCCGAUGCAAUACAAGGUCUCAUUCAAAUGGUGCAACCGCGACGACACAAUGUGGAUUUCACGAGCAGAUUUGCAAGCAUCCGCACCACUGAUUCAUGCCGACUACGAGUGACGAAGACUAGCUAAGGAAGCGUCACAACCUGCCCCUCCCACCCGGACUUUGGUCCCUCCCUCUGACAGGCAGCUUCGCCCUCGCAGACCCUGUAGCGUAAAAAAGUCACCAAUGGCAUUACAAAACAAAAUUUCAUUGCCAAG